AUGGCAUCCGCAACCCCCAGCGAGGGCUACCCCGACGCCCACGGCACGCCGGGCUCCCUCGCCGGCGCGCUGAACCCGCCGCCGGCGCCGCCGACCGAGAAGACCAUCAUCCAGAUCCCGCCCAUCCUGCCGCGCGAGAGGGUGUUUCCCAUCCAGAUUGGCAGCGAGCUGUUUACGCUGUCGGGGGCGUCGAUAUCGUCUGACGCGCCGUCGUAUUUUUCGCAGUACUUUCUGUGCCAGCUCAGGCAGGCCGAGGAGAGUGGCGACGAGGCUGGCGCCGUCCGCACGCUAUACCUCGACCGCGACCCGGAGACGUUUCGCGACAUUGCGCUGCAUCUGCAGGGAUAUCACGUCGCGCCGCGGGACGGGAAGCACUUUGUGCGCCUGUUUGCCGAUGCGCAGUUCUACACUCUCCCCAAGCUCAUCUCGCAGCUCUACGAGGAGAGCAUCUUCAUCUCCAUCGGCCACCGCGAGUUCCAGAUCCCCCGCGACCUGCUCACCGACCCGCGCAACUCGCCCAACUACUUUUCCCUCGGCUUCGCCUUCUUCUUCUCGCGCCCGGAUAACCUGUUCCCCGGGCUCGACCGCCAGGGCCUCCUGCGCCCCCCGUCCAUCCUGCCGCCGUCGGUGCCGAACCGCAGCGCCGACACGUUUGCCGACCUCCUCCGCCUGCUGAGGGGCUACCCCGUCGCCAUUCGCGACGACGCCCACCGCCAGGAACUCGUCCGCGACGCGCGCUACUUCCACUUCAAGGGCCUGGAGCAGCAGCUGGUCCCGCACGCCCUCUCGCACAACCCCUUCCGCGGGCGCGCCGAGAUUGCCAUCCGGCUGGAGAACGUGCAGCGCAGCGGCAUCGGCGUCUCGCGCGACGCGCAGGCCGGCGAGCACCACGCCGCCGCCGCCGCCGCCGCCGUCGCGUGGGUCACCUACGCCCGGCCGCACGUCGACGACGCCCCGGCCGAGCUCGUCGUCGAGAUUGGCCGCGAGUCCAGCCGGCUGCACUGGCUGCCGCGCCACGCCGGCUGCCGCGUCGAGUUCCUGCGCGACACCAAGGCCCGCGUGGCCAAGCUGCUGCAGGUCGUGGCGGGCAAGCUCGGCCUGCCGCCCGCCGCGGCGCAGGCGCUGGGCCAGCCCCCCGGCGGAGAGGAGGGCCUCCUGCGCGCGGUGCUGGACCCCCAGGCGGCCAUCUGCCUGGACGGCGAGGAGCACAGCCCGGACGCGGCGGACGCGGCGGACACGGACGCCGCCGACGAGGCGAAUCCGCGCAAGAGACGGCGGGGCGGCGGCGGCGGGGCGGGCGGUGCGUGGACCGUCACCACCGGGCAGUGGCGGCUGCUGCUGCGCGCGGCGGACGGCGGCAGGGGCGCCGUCGAGUGCGUCUUUGUGGCCGUGAGGCUGGACGCGGUCAGUUCGGAGAGGGGGCGCAACAAGGCGCGGGGGUUUUUGGCGUGA